AUGGGUAAAUUCGACCGGCCGCCGUCGGCGGCGGGUCAUGGCAUGCCGUUGCAAAGGCUGGCGUCGGAAGGGCCGGAGGAGGCGGCCGCCCGGGAGGAACACAACCGCAGAAUACUCCGGCCCGUGCUCGACUUCCUGCUGCUCGCGGCCGUUCUCCUCCCGUGGACGCUUUGGUGGGACAUGGCGGGCGAGCAGUGCUGGAACCCGUCGAGCUACAAGGCGGCGGAGCCGACCCUACUGAGGGUCACCCGGGGGGUGUGGAUAGCGUGGCUCACCCACGCGGCGGGUUUGCUGGACGAGGCCCUGCGCGUCUUCCUGGGGAUAAGGCUCACGAUGGGCCUGGGAUCGCCGACAUCCGUGGACAAGACGUACACCAAGAUGUCGAGGCAGGCGGAGAUCGUGGCAGAGGGCAUCGCCGUGGAUGAUUUUCCGGCGCUGAUUCGACUCUACGCCGGCGCCGAACCCCCCCGCGCAAACAAGCGUUCGAGCUCCGGGACCGCUCGAAGCGGCAGCGGCCGAAUAGGCGGGGACGAUGGCACAACCUACGCCGCAGGCCUGGCCGCCGCCGCGCGCGCGCGCGUGAACAAGUCGCUGGUGAUGAGGGUCGAGAGGAUCGCGGCGACGGCGCGGCUGUGGAGCCUCGUGCCGUGGAGCGACGUGCGUCGGUACGACCGCGUCCACGUCAAGGGGAUAACCCUCCGGCUCAGGCAAGUCAAAGGGAUCCUCAACUUCUCGUUCCUGGCCCUCAACGAGAAGAGCAGGCCGGGCGUUGUCGGUCUCGGCGGAGAUGCGGCCGCGGUGGGUGCUGCGGGCGGGGGGUUGGGUGGGGAGGGUGGCGCCGACGUGGCCGGCGGCGGUCGGCGAGCCCUCAGCUUCGGGGGGGGGGCUGCUGCAGGGCUGGAAGGGUCUGCUGGGGUUGGAGCACCGGAGUACGGCAACGGCAGGAGCUUGGAAGAUCUCGACGGCAUAGACACGGACGGGGAAGGCGCGACCGACAGCGACGAGUUACUCGAAGACGGGGAGGAAGAUGACCACGAAGUCGAAGAAGAGGGAGACGGAGCCUGCUACGGGCCAGUCGACGAUGCCGAUCUCCUCGCAACGGCCUCCGGCGGUGGUGGCGGUGAUGCGGCGGGGGAUUGCUACGCGAUUUCCCUGUUUGGCAGGCGGAAGCCGCGAUCUUCUUCGUUGUCGAUGAUAUCGGCGGACGAAGCGUCACCUCGGUCGCAGUCCGCCACGACGUCCGGCGCCCCCGGAUGCGAGGCGCGAAGGGGGACGACACCGUGGGCAGCGGCAGCGACGACUAGCACUAGACCUGCGGCCCCCGGCGCGCGGUCGAGCCACUCGGCGGCGGCGGCGGCGGCGGCGGCGGCAACGGGCACGAGCGGUAAGAGCGGUAACAGUCACCACCAAGCGCCUGGAGCGCGGACACGGUCUAUGUCGCUUUCGGUGCAAAAAAGGAAAAAGGCCGCGCCGCUGUCGUCUUCCGAGAACCAUGGGAACCUGGGGGUUUUCAAGGUGCUGGGGGAGGCGUUCAUGCGACGCUUCAAUGCCUACUCGGACCAGGUGAGUGCGGCAUUCGACCGUGUGUCAGACAUCAAGCUCGUGCCAAAGCUCUGGCGGUGGGGCAAGAAGCGGGGACCGAGGAGACGCAAGCGCUUCGAGGUGGGCGAGAUAUUCUUGGAGGACGUGUGCAUCUGCGUGGACUCGGGGGUCUGGAACGACUUGCUCGGCGAUCAGGUCGGGGCCGCCUUCAGCCCGGAGUUCCGCCUGAGUGUUCGGGUCGGUCCGAAGGAGCUGCUGACGCCGAACGGGAAGGGCCGGCUGCCCGGCGAUAUAGGCAAGCUACUCAACGACAAACUCGUCCGGCUGCUGGCUCGCCUGGUGAUGCGGGAGACGCUCAAGACGUCCACCCUCACGAGCGUGGUGAUCACGUCACUAGCGCUCGACACGGACGCGCGGGGACGACGGCUGCAGGGCAAGCACAACAAGUCGCUCAGCCCGCCGCCGAUUGAGAGGGGACAUAGGAGGCAUGCCGGGGCAAGGUCUGGAAAGUUCUGGCGUGCGUUCACGACGCAUUCGUCGGCGUCUUCGGGUGCUGCUACUGCUGCUGCUGCUGCUGCGGCGGCGGCGGCAGCAGCAGCAGCAGAGGCGGGGGGACCAGCACCGUCUGUAGCCUCGGCUAGCCUGCCCCGCAGCAGCAGCGGCGGCAGCCUGGGGGUGAGAAGCGCAAACAGAGGCGGCGGCGGCGGCCGGCGGCAGAAGCCCCACGCCGCCUCCGGUGCGAAUAGCAGCUCAAGUGUCAGCAACAGCAGUUGGAGCGGGUUUCAACAAGAUGUCGGCGGAAGCGUUUUGGAUUCAGGUGGAGGAAGCGGGGGCGCGGGGGGUGGCGGUGGCGAUUGCCGGCCAGCGCGACGAGCGCAGCGUUCCAAGAGAUCCCUACGGAGCAUCGGGUCAUGGCGGCGCUACUCGGAGCCUGCUUCUUUCGCGACACUUGUCGGCGGGAAAACAAGCUUGUCGCAAUCGCCACCUCCGCGAUCACGGGUGCGGCAGCGGCCGGGGGGGCUCGCGGCUGGGAGCGACAUCGGUGCCGUUUCCGACGGCGGUGGCGGCGGCGGCGGUAUUGCCGCCACCUCUUACGAGGACGAAAGGGACGACGGAGAGGGAGUUGUUAGUGGCGAGGGAAGGCGGUUGCCGGGAAGGGGUCGGGGUGGGGCGUCGUCCCGCCGGGAGCAGCGGGGCACGGUUAGCGAUAUCGCCGUCGGUGGCGGUGGUGGCGCCGGUGACGGUGGUGAGGAGGGCGACCGCGGCGAGAAUAGCAGCGGCGGCGGCGAUUCGGUCGAGGCGGUGGCGAAGGUGCCGCCCUGGAUGGAGGGCGUCGAGGCGUCGCCCGAGUACGAGGAGAUUAAGCCGACCCUUGACGUCAUCAAGCAGACGGUUCUGCUAGCGAUGUUGCAACAGACGAAUAGAUCUGUGGACCUCUCGAGCGAGGGUUUGGAGGGUCUCCAGCAUCAGGGCGAUAUCAACGCCAAGAAUAAGACCUGGGGUAGGCGCCACGCGUCGCGGUCCUCCUCCACCUCCAAGAACGUCGGGGAGAUGCUGGAGCUGAAGGGGGAGGACGAGAGGACGCUAGAGAGAAGGAUGCAGCGGGAGAUCAUCGCGGCGGAGGAGGCCGGGGGCGACGUGGAUCGACUGGUGAUGAAGAGGCUGUUGGCGGGGGUGCGGGACUCGGGGCCUGACACCGCGUACAAGGCUCUCGCUUCGAUAGAGCUGUCUUCCUUCAUCGACAAGGUGUCCAAGGGCACGCGGUUCGCGCAGCAUCUGGACCACCUAGGCAUCGACGUGAAGAGGUUGUCGAGGUCCUUGUCCGGCCUCACCGCCGGCGAGAUGAUGGAGGGGGUCAAGGACACGGCCGGCAAGGUCGGGGACGAGGCGCGGCGCCUGCGAACGGAGGCCGUGCGCAUGCAAAAGGAGCUCCUGGAUGAGAGCGGCAUCUUGCCGCUGCUCGACGACGCGGGCAGCCGUGACGACGCCACUUCCCUCGCUGCGGCGGUCGGGCUACUCACCGACGCGCUCUCCGGAGAGCACAACACCGCCAGUAGCGGCGGGGGCGGCGGCGGCGGCGGAGGCGGAGGCGGUAGUAGCCUUGUCCCUCAAGACGAGGAAAGCUGGGAGAGGGGAGUGGCCGUCCCGCAUGAACCUGAGGAGGAGGGGCAUAGUGUAGAGAGCGGCUUGAGAAGCGCGGGUAUUGUUGGCGGCGGCGGCGGCGACUUGGACGAGGUGGACCAGGUGGACGUCAUCAUGCAGGUCCUGGACCUCAUCGAUGCUGUGGAGCGCCUUAAGAAGAGCAUCGUGGAAGGAGGAGUCUCGCUUGGGAAGGUUGAGCAGGCCGUCGGCAAGGUGGCUCAAGGCAUCGACGUCUACCUCAUCUUGGCGGCGAGCGAGUCCAUGCUCGGCUUCCUCUUGGAGCGGCUCGGCAAGCUCCCGGUCGGGCACGCCAAGUUCGCCGGCAAGGGCGUCGAGGCUCGCGUUUGGAACCUGGACCUGGGAGGGGUGCACGUGAAGCGGGAGAACGUCGACCUCGUCAUGAAGGGUUUCCGUCUACCCAAGAGAGGCACGGCCGUCAUGACCAAGUUCGGGCCAGGAAACAUCAAGCGAUAUAAGAAGCGUUCUCGGUGCUUCGUGGUGAACCUGGACUGGCGGCUGGGCUCCGGCAAGCGCGUCAAGGCCUACCUGCAGCCGAACGACAUCGAAAUUCUGGAGGGGCACGAGGGGCGUUUAAGCGACGAAGAGGAGGUGAAAAUUAGCGGGCACACGAAAGUGACGGUCGACACCAGCGAAGCCGACGCAUCGACCCACACGCCAGAGGAGCCCGGUGGGAGCAAGGGCGGCGGCGGAGACUCCUCCUUUUUGUCGCCGCCUCGCCGCGAACACAGCAACGCCGGCAGCAGCACCAGCAGCGCGGCGUCCCUCCCGCCGCCGCGCGCGGAAAGAGGGGGAAGGUGGCCUUCCUUGCCCAGGAUUUGGAACCGGCGGAAGAGCGCGGGGGCGCCGCAAGUCGCAGCAUCGGCGGAACUCGGUCCGGUCGGGGUCGGGGUCGGCGAUGGCGAUGGGGAUGGGGGUGGGGGUGAGAGAGCAGUCGCCGCCGCCGGCAAGCCGGGCGGCUCGGGGGGGCAGACGAUGGCCCGGCGCACGGCCUCGGCCCCUGUGUUGUUGCUACCCUCGACGGUGGGGGCGCUGCCGCAGCAGCAGGGGGAGAGGGAUCCGUCGGCGCGGAAUGUGUCCACGGAGUCCCUCGGAGAGGAUCUUUGCUCGAAUGCUUUCGUCCGCGAGGCGGGACAGGCGGCGACGACCUGUUCUUCUGUGUCCUUCUCCUUGCGGGAAACGGCGGGGACGACGGCUUCUCACCCUGCCAGGGAAAAUGCGGCGCCGAGGAGCAGAGUUGUCGACGACAGCGACAACGUGGCGGAGGACGGCCGUGGGUUUGGAGAGGUUCACCGUCGCACGGAGAGGAGCAACAGCCAGGGGCCCAUCACCGGCCCCAACUCGGCGGACGUGAUGUCGGCGCCGUUCCUCGUCGCGCGGAUCUCGGGCGUGGGCGCGGAGCUGAAGAACAUCAUGUGGGCGGUGAAGCAGACGCACUUCCCGUACUUGCGGACCCAGGGUAGCCUCCAGGCGACGCUGUCGAGCCUCACUAUCGAGCUCGAGCUGGACGCGCAGGAACUCCUGGCGGGACAGGGCAAGAAGCCGCAGGGUAGCGGUAGCGGUAGUGGCGGUGCUGUCGGCGAAAGCGACAGCGGCGGCGGUGUCGACAGCGGUGGCAGCGGUAGCAGCCCGACGGGGCUGAAGCUUACCCGCUUGAGGGUGUCGGUCCUGGCGGUGAAGGUCCACGUGAAGAACAACGCCCUCAGUGCCGUGUUCAACCUAGCGGCCUCCGCCUUCGAGGCGGCCGUGAAGCGCCAGGUCGUCGAGAAUGUCGAGGCCGCCGUCCGCAAGAACGUAACCUCGCUCCUCACCAUCAUCAACACGCAGCUCAGCGAGAAGUGGAACGUCUUGUGCAAGGUCGGGGGCGGGAACGGAAGCAGGGGCGGUGGCGGUGGCGCGGGCGGCGACGGAAGUCACGGCGGCGAAGGUAGCCUCAGCCGCGCCGGGAGCGCGGUGGAGAAGGUUCUCGCCGCCUCUCUCUCCCACCACCUCGUCUGGUCCGCUGACAGUGCCGCCGCCGCCGCCGCCGCCACCGCCGCCCCCGAUGGCGGCGGUUGCGCUCCCGCUGCCGCUGUCAGCACAAGCAGCCUUCCCCUCUCUGACCAGCCGCCGCCGGCUGCAGGGCAGCAGCAGCAGCAGCAGCAAGGCUCUUGCUGUGGGGAGCGCAAAGGCUCGGGUUCGAGCAGGAGCUCGGCCGAUGCCGACGACGUUGGCGCGGGCAGCAGCGGCAACAGCAGCGUUGCCCGCAAAGCGAGCGGCGGUAGGAAGAUGACUUUGGGGAAGCGAUCGUUUCGCAUCCUAGGGUCCGUCGGCAAGGCUGUUUCGACGGAAGACAUGUCCAAGCUGUUGGCCCCGUCCUCGUCCUCGUCGUCGCCGGCCUCGUCAGCGCCGGCGAAGUCGGCCGCCAGCUCUUCCUCCUCGGUGCCGCCGCCCGUCUCCCGAGUAGGCAGCGCCGCCGGCGGGUUCCCACGCUCACCGUCACCGCCCUCGCGGGACACCAGCCGCACCACGCUGAGCGGCGAGGAGGAGGGAUCAUCGGGAGCACCGUUAGCGGAGGUGACGGCGGAGCGGACGGGGGGGAAGCACCAGCAGCACCAGCACCAGCAAAGGAAGAACCCCGCACCCGUUCGGGCGAGAGGGAUGUGGACGUCUCCGCUGCGCAAGCCGCAGCAGCCGCUGCGUAAGGGCUUGAGGCUUGACGGAAACGAGUCGCGCGACGGCGGUUUCGUUUCGGACGGGUUCGUGGCACGAGGGCAGGAGCAGGAGGAGGAGGAGUAAGAGAUGUACUAGACGCCCCCAAACACCGUGAGGACGCCGGCGGCGGGACCGAUCUGGGUGGGAAAUUCUUAGAAGGCCGUCCGUGGUUCCAGUCAGUUAAUGUGGCAGGCAGGAAAGAGGGAGGGGGGGAGAGGGAGCGACUGCCACCGUGAUAAGGCGGGAAGGGAGGGGGCGGGGGCGGGGGGCGUCUAGUGUCGGGAUUGAAUGGAGCAGCUAAGGUAGGGAGAGUAUUACGCAGGCCGAAACACCCAAGAGGGAUUCUAGGUGAGGCAAGUAAGUGAGGUAGGUGGUCAGGGCUGAAAAGACGAGACAGGUCGCGCUAUGUACGUAGUUGUGGAUGGCACGAAGGCACAACCAUUGAUGUCUGUAUUAAAAAAAGUCUUGUUCUUUUUUGUUUUGGUUUGGUUUGUGAUGUCCUUCUUCCCCGAAUAGCCCGCCUUGACGCACGGCGCUAUAAUUAGGAGUAGGUUUUUCACUCUCUUGGAACACGCCAUCAGGGCUGUUUCGGGAAGGGAGAGAGGGGGACUAAGGGAGGGGGAGAGGAUCGCAGCUGAGUCAUGGUGCGAUCCUGUCUAGAAAGCCCGUGUCUUCCAAUCGAGUCACUUGGCGUUAAUAUGGGGCUCUUUUGGUGGCGAGUUAUCGAUCUCUUCAAGGAUUAUUGUGUCGUAUCGAUAAGAGUUGUGUAUGUGUGUGCUUGCGUGCGUGCGUGCGUGUCCAUUUUCGGCGAUGCCCUCCGUGUUAGCCGACCGGGAAAAUGACUGCUCUUGUUAAAAAGACUCGCCGUGGGGCUGGCUGGAUGUCCCGCAAAUCGAUGGAGAUGUAUGUCGGUUGUUUGGAUUGUUUUCUUGUAGGGUUUCCGGAGCUCAACGGCGGUUCAUCCAUCCUUUCCCAUCCCUCUCCUAUGUUUCGGUGGCCACGUCCUCUGCUUGAUGUCCGGCGACGCUUUUGGGUUAGAAUCGGAAGAAUGAGCAAGCUCUGUGCCACUCAGUCUGUGCAGCAGUGAGGAAUGUUUAUCGCUUCUCCUCGUUUUGUCGCGCGUUUUGCUUUCCCUUUCGCAAAGCUGGAGCGCUGUUGAAGCGGUGCGGUGUUUGUUGGGGGUGUUUUGUUCGUGCUCCUGUUGACUUGUGUCCUCUUUUUGUUCUCGCAUGGGGUUAGGGUUAGGUCACUUUUUGUAGCACAGCAGUACACAAGAAGUGAAUACUGCGUCUUACGUCACGUGCUUCGAGAGGCCUGAGCAAGCAGAAACUUGUCUCUCAGUACCAAAGGCAGAGAAGCAUGCAGGCAGGCAGUGAGCAAAGUGACAAAAAUACACGUUGCUCUCAGUCAACCAAGGUAGUAGAGGCCCCCCCUUUUCCUCAAGGCUUUGGCCAACCUUGGUGCUGACAGUUUUUGACGUAUGCUUGAAUGCGAACCGUCGCGAGACUCGAUAUUCUCACGACUUCGAUUUUCUCACGCCGUCCUUGUUGCUGUCGAGCCCGGCCAACCGAACGUCAAGGCGCGACCUCCGUCUAGUAUCUGUUCAGCUCGCUACAUGGACGACAUGACAUGAUCAUGGUGUGUGUGUGGGAGAGAGUUCUAUUUUUUUUCGUUUUAGACUGUGUGGGGCGGUGAGUAGUUGUGAGGGCGUGGGCGUUUUUUGUGUCCGACGGAAUGUUUUGUUAUUUACCUACUGUAGUUGUUUAAGUUUUUCAAUGUCAGUCCUCUGUUACUCUUGCUCGGUGAUUCCUUCACGUGUUGUUGGUGUUUAUUCAACAAAUGUUACGGCUAGAUUGAUUUGUGUUCCGUGUGUGCGCAGCUCGUUCGUAUCGUUGUCGUGCAAACGGUAGCAGCAUUGGUUCACGUGCCCUACUAUGUGUACCGCCUGUCUUGCACUGAUGGUGGCUUCGUCGGAUCUGCUGUACCUCCUCUGCUGUAAAUAGUAUCUCACACCUGCGUUUCGCUGAACAUUUUAUCAACAACGUGACCGUAGAUCCCGAAAGGACUGGGGGGGCGGGGGCGGGGAUAGGGGCCGGUGAUAUUUCAGAGAAGAGCAGGGGACGCAGUCUGAUAGGAUUAGCACCGCUCACAUUAUUGGUUGAUGGGACGGGACGAAGAGUGUCAAAAUGAUGAAAUGGUAAACCCGCGGGGGUGGCACGGGAAUGAGUCAUACCUCCUGUGGGAUGGGAACCACGAUUUUUUUUUUCACGGGCGUUGCUUCAGAAUUCACAACCACCACCUUUCUUUUUGGAUCAAAAAGGCAUGGUUUGCUUCUGUGUGGUGGAGAAAAGGGGGAUGCAAAAGAGGAAUGGAGACGUCCAUAGAGUAAGAUGGAACACGCGCGUUCGUGAGGGGUCGAUUAGUUCGCGAAGCGCCUGCACAAGGAGGCUCUUCACCACAACACAGCAGUAGUUUUUUUUUUUUUUUGCAGAGCUGCGCCCUGUGUGGUUUCAUGAUCGAUUUCAUAGCGCGUGAUGGAUGAUUGCAUCCACAUCUUAUCUUCGCCUUGCAGGCCUGUACAUGUUAGGCAAAUACAAAGAGGGCCUUAACGGUAAUCUUGUCGAUGGUGACAACCCUGAUUUGAGGAUAAGAGAUCCACUACGACGUGGCUUUUAGCGU